GCCGACCGAAAGCCGACAACUGCCGUCCAUUCAUAGCCCCACUGCCACUCAGAUAGAGUGGAGAGUGCCGCCAAACAACCCACAACCCCCGCACACACGCCAGACGCAGAUCAGUCCGAGACGAGACCAAGUGAGAUCUGUUUGUGGUGGUGCCUCUGGCUUCUGACGAGAACGUUUCGAAAGUGUUUCGUUAUUUAUUCGCGUUUCCCCGAGCGAGAGGUUUUUCGCGAUCGGAGGUGGAAAUUACACACAGAUCGCACAGAUCACAUUUUCGGGGGAGAGAAAUCUUCACGUUCUAGAAUGACUCGGAGAAAUAUCCCUCAGAGCAUUUCGAACUGCGGCGGGCAACGGUCAAGCGAUCAACGCGAGUGUUUUUUCUGAUUCUUCCCCGAUACUGAGGAGAGGAUCGAUCGGUCGACAGUUCUUUUUCAAUAUACGAUACAUAAAUAUACACGUAUAUAAAUAUUUGCGGUGUGUGUGUGAAAUGUUGGUUCGUUUGGGUUCCCUUAGGCCACGGGCUGGGUGCUGAGAAGAACAUGGGAAAAACGGGCGCAAAGGAUUCGCCAAAGAAACUACAACGAAAUUAACAAAAAAAUCGAAACCGAAAAGGAAAAGGAAAAGGAACAAGAAUAAAACCAACCAAAAAAAACCAAAAUAAAAAGUGAACAAAGAAGAGUCGCGCGACUCGCAGUUCCAACAUCAGCCUCGACUUUGACUUCGACUUCCACUUGGACUUGGACUUGGGGUUCAAGAAGCAGAACAGAUGAGGCAGAACUCUCUCAGGAACCUGGGAUCUUCUGGUGCUGCUGCCGGGAUUCUGAUUAAAGCGCGCGUUUAAUUUCAUUUUUUACGCUACUCCCUGCCCCCCGCACACACCCUGCCCGAAAGCGAUCGUUACCAAAAGCCAGACUCCAGACUGGGACUCCACCCUUGGCGGAAGGCUUUUGAUUCGCUGUUCAACUUUUUGGCCUGAACUUUUGCUUUGUUUCGUACGCCGUUCGUCUGGCUGGAACCUGCUGGCCCGACGACUCCUUGGCUGGCUGGCUCCUUGGACGCUGCUCAGUACGCCGGCAGCUUUCUCCGUGUGCGUACGAGACUCACGCAGCAGCAGCACUGAUCUGAGGCAGCGGCCGCAUCAUCGUCAUCCUCAUCGGCCACAAAAAAGUGAAAGAAAUCGCGUUGAACAGAAGAGGCAGGCAACAGCGAUCAUCCAAGAUCAUCCAAGAUCGGUUCAGAUCGGAUCGGAAUCGGAAUCGGAUCAGGCAGCGAUCAUGUCGCCUGACCUCGUCAAGUGCACUGAGCUGCCAACCGCCAACUUCCCCUCAGAGUUUAAGUAAAAACCCACAGCCCACAACCCACAAAAGUACAAAAAACAAAAAAGAACACCGUGAGUCGCUUGAUUAAUUCGCACACGUCAACGAUAUUCAAACAAGCAUCUCGUGUACUCAUCGUGGCCGCAAUAAAAACGGCUUUAACUUUAACUGCCUGCCAAAAAAAUAUAUAACACUUAAACACAGAGAGAGAGAGAUACCCACACAGAAAGAAUACGAGUACGAACGGGCCAGAGUUUGGUUUGUUGCCGCUGCAUUUGGCGGCUUCAAUCGAUAUGCGUUUGUUCAUGGUAAUUGCAAUUUUAAUAUUCGCAAUGCCAAUGACUGGAUUCGGCUGGGCCGAGGGCACAAACAUCCUACUCGAUCCAAAUCUAAUGUGCAAAAAGACACGUCGCCUGCGUGGAAAGCUGGCCGAAAUCUGCCGUCACGAUUCGGCCCUGCUCAAAGAGAUCAUCAAUGGCAUUAAUCUGGGCUUCCGCGAGUGCGAAUUUCAAUUUCGUAAUCGCCGCUGGAACUGCACUGUCCUGCGCAAGAGCAUGAGGAAAAUUUUAAUGCGCGAUUCCCGCGAAACAGGCUUCGUGAAUGCCAUUACAGCCGCUGGUGUUACCUAUGCCGUGACCAAGGCCUGCACCAUGGGCCAGCUGGUAGAAUGCUCCUGUGACAAGUCCCACAUGCGACGGAAUGGUGGACAGCCCCAAAUGGUAAAUGCCGCAACCGCCGAAGCGGCCCUGGAGCGGCAGCAGCGGCAACAGUUUUCCCUCGAAGAACAGCAAUAUCAACGGCGCCAGCGUUACCUCAACAACGGCAGCAGCCUGACGGAUGUGUCACCUCUGGAACGUCUGGGCAGGAAUCGCAAGCCUGGAGCUGGCGGCAAGCGAGGGCGUCGCAAGUUCUGGGACAACAUCAAGUUCCCCCAGGGGGAAUGGGAGUGGGGCGGCUGCAGUGACAAUGUGAAUUUUGGUCUUCGCCAUUCGAGGGUGUUCCUCGAUGCAAAGCAGCGUCAGAGGCGCAGCGAUCUGGGCACGUUAGUGAAGCUGCACAAUAAUAAUGCGGGAAGAUUGGCCAUUCGCGAUGCCAUGCGAUUGGAAUGCAAAUGUCAUGGCUUAUCCGGAUCCUGCACCGUGAAAACAUGCUGGCUGAAGAUGCCCCCGUUCCGGGAGGUGGCCGCACGCCUGCGCGAGAGAUACGACAGUGCGCGCAAAGUGGCGCUGAGGAACGACGGCAACAGUCUGAUGCCCGAGAUGCCGCACACAAGACAGGCGAACAAGUACCAGCUGGUGUUUGCGGACGAUUCACCCGAUUUCUGUGCACCCAAUCCCAAGACGGGGGCCCUGGGGACACAGGAUCGGGAGUGCAAUGCCACCAGUUAUGGGUACGACAGCUGCGAUCACCUGUGCUGCAGUCGGGGGCACAAGCAUCGAGUGGUGGCCGAGUACACGAACUGCAAGUGCGUCUUCAAGUGGUGCUGCGAGGUGACCUGCGAAAAGUGCCUCGAGCAUCGGGAGGUCAACACUUGCCUCUGAAUAGGGCUUAAACGAGCACCACGAUUAUCACCAUUAUUAUUUGUAUUUUGUAUUAUUUCCUUUUGGUUUAGUCAUGAACAGAAUAUUGAAAGCUUUCCAUUUCGCGUGAUAGAAAACACAUACAGAGCAAACGUUUGGCUAUAGUCCAUUCUUAAGUAUUAGCUAACAGUAACAGGAGUAUCUCUAACCUUUUAGAUAGUUGUACAUAUACUACGAUCACCUAUAAUCAUGCCCAAGCAUCAUAUCAGUCAUAUGGCAUCCAUGUAAGCUUUGUAAAUAGUUUUAAUAAAAGCCAAGAAAAACUAAA